AUGGCGUUGGAGGCUCUGGGCGUCGCCUCAAGCGUCAUAGCCGUGAUCGAAAUAUCCGGACGUGUGGCAGCAAUAUGCUUCCAGUACUCGAAAGGGGUGAAAAAUGCAAAGUUCGAAGUCAACCGUCUACUACGAGAGGUCAACAACCUCGGUGAGACGACCAGCAGUGUCCAGGAUUUACUCGAUGGCCCCUGUGGGAACAGACUGAAGACGUCGAGCAAGCUCUUGGAUGCGAUUGAAGAGGCACGGGUUCAUUUGAGCAAAUUAAAUGACGAUUUGAGCCCGUCGUCGGGCCAAAAAAUAUUCCGUAGGCUGAGAAUUGGCGCGCUCAAAUGGCCGUUAAAGAGCAAAGAUGUGGAAAAAGCCGUCAAGCAACUUGGACGGUGUGGGCAGAAUAUAUCACUUGCUUUGCAAGUCGAUCAAACGUCCGUCCUACUGAGUCUUGAUCAAAAAGCUGUCUUGAGUCGCCUGCCCAUAGCAGCCGGAGCAACUUACGACUCGUUUAGUGAAGAGGGCAACCCGACCUGCAUGGAAAAUACUCGUGUCUCUCUUUUAGACUCGAUAACGCAAUGGGUGGACGAUCCAUAUGCUGAGUCUAUAUUUUGGCUCAAUGGCAUGGCUGGCACUGGGAAGUCUACUAUUGCACGGACUGUUUCUCGAAUACUUGCGAGGACCAGUUGUCUUGGCGCUAGCUUCUUCUUCAAGAGAGGUGAGGCGGACAGAGAUAACCUCCGCAGACUCUUCACUACCGUUGCCGCCCAGCUGACGACCCGAUUGCCUGACUCGGCCACACACAUGAAGGAUGCGAUAGAUGCUGACCCAACCAUAUUCCAGAAGGCGAUGCUGGAACAAUUCGACAAACUGAUACUACAACCACUGUCAAGAAUCGUUCCUACCUCACUGAAGUCGUUUACGUUAGUGAUACUCAUAGACGCAUUGGACGAAUGCGGCGGCUCAUACGAUGACAUUCGGCGUGUAAUUCACAUAUUGUCCCGAACUAGCACUCUCAAGACACUGCGUAUUCGAGUCUUCGUCACAAGUAGACCUGAGCUGCCUAUUCGGAUUGGGUUUAGCUUGGUUAACAUCUUGUACCGGAACGUGGCACUUCAAGAGAUGCCCGAAUACGUUAUACAACAUGAUAUUAGCAUGUUCCUUGAGCAUCAACUGGCAAAAAUACGUGGAGAGUACAAUGUCACAGUGUCAGAAGACCGACGCCUGCCACUUACAUGGCCUGGUCAUGAGACGGUUCAGGCACUGGUGAGGAUGGCUACCCCUCUCUUUAUUUUUGCUGCCACUGUUUGCCGCUUUCUCGCAGAUCUGCGUUGGCACCCAGACGACCAGCUUGCGAAGGUGUUGCGUUAUCAGACUAGAACGCAGCAGUCAAAGCUUGAUGCUACCUAUCGCCCCGUGUUGGACCCGCUGAUUGAGGGUCUUGACAAAAAGGAACAAGUCGAGCUCCUGCAGCAAUUUCGAGCGAUUGUUGGGUCAAUUAUCAUUUUGGCCCGUCCCCUUUCCGUUCUCUCACUGGAGAGGAUACUGUGUAUUCCCAAGAGAUCCAUUGAGCAUCAAUUGGAUGGCCUGUAUUCCGUGUUGAGCGUGCCAAAGGUGUCGGAUGCUCCUGUCAGAUUGCUACAUCUAUCAUUUCGGGAUUUUCUCCUGGAUCCUGACAAGAAGGACGAUAAUCCUUUCUGGGUAAAUGAAAGUACCGCACAUGACACAAUGGCCUCCAACUGUUUUCGCUUAAUGGAUGAUUCUCUCCGAAAAAAUAUUUGCAACCUUGAGGAUCCGGCGGCGUUGCAGUCUUCUAUCGACCCGGAAAGAGUGAAUGAGUGUAUACCCGACGAUGUUCAGUAUGCUUGCGCCAACUGGGUGCUGCAUCUUCAGUUGUCGAAAUCCACCUUAAGCAACAACGGUGAAGCUCAUGAGUUUCUUAAAAAAAGAUUUGUGGAUUGGAUCGAGGCUCUCAGUUUAAUGGGACGAGUCAGGGAGACCAUCGGCAUGAUGAAGGCUUUGAAGGGGCUGUUGGCUGCUCAAAAUAGUGAAGAACUUUCGGACUUGAUUGGAGACGCCUACCGAUUUCUGUUGGCAAACAUGGGAACAAUUUCCUCAUACCCGUUACAGCUGUAUUCAUCGGCUCUUCUAUUCUCCCCUAAAGAGAGCUCUAUCAGAAACCUAUUUUACAAUAGUAUUCCUCAAUGGAUUCGCUCCUGGCCAGAUACACAAUCCCGAUGGGGUAGCUGUCUACAGAUCCUCGAGGGACAUACGAAUUCAGUCAAUACCGCCAAAUUCGCGCCUGUUAGUGCACGUAUGGUAUCUGCAUCGGCGGAUAGAACAGUAAGAAUUUGGGAUACGAAUACUGGAGAAUGUUUACAAGUAAUCCAUAAUCCAGUUGGAGUCAGUUCUGCAAUGUUCUCGCACGAUGAAAGACUUGUCGUUGCGGCUUGCGACGACGGGAUCAUUCGACUAUGGGAUGUUGAUACAGAGGAAUGCGUACAAGAACUUAGAGGCCAUAGUGGAAAGGUUUCGUCUGCUGUUUUUUCCAGUGACUCCAAGCUUGUGGUCUCUGCAUCGUUUGACAAAACUGCUCGGAUUUGGGAUUCUCUUACUGGAAAAUGUACCAUGGAGCUCCGCGGUCAUGAUCGUGAGGUUUCCUCUGUUUCUAUAUCCCGGGAUUCGACACGCGUGUUAACGUCGUCCUAUGACUCCAGCGUUCGAAUCUGGCGCACUGUUGAUGGAAAGCGGAUAGGCAAACUGGAAACCGACUGUUGCAGCAAUGUAUGUGCUAUUUCGAACGACGGGUCGAUGGCAGUGGCGGGCUUAGGAAGUGGUUGUGUCGAGCUUUGGUGUCUCAAGUCAUCAGAAUUAAUGAACCUCAGAGGACAUAUCGACCAGGUAUGGGGCGUGACAUUUUCGCCGGACGACUCCCUCAUUGCCACAUGUGAGGAGUCUGCAAUUGUGAAGAUAUGGAAUACAGAGACAGGCGAGCCCAUACAGGUCUUUUAUGGCCAUCAGAGCGCCGCUCAUGGUGUUGACUUUUCACCGGACUCAUCCAUGGUUGCUUCAGCGUCAUGGGAUGGCACUGUCUGCCUCUGGUCAGUAGGGGAUUAUGGGGUUCAAGUAGAUGAUUCCACAACAAAUUUUUACAUCGCCCCAAAUAGUAAGUAUUUGAUAUCGCAGUCUUAUCGAGACGACAUGGUAGUCUGGGACAUUGCCACUCAAAAGCGCAUCCAUACAAUCGAAAACGGUUGUUGCCUUUCGGAUCCUAUCGUCUUCUCCUCUGAUUCAACUCGAGUAGCGACACAAUCUGGAGGUUCUAUUCAAAUUUGGGAUAUAAACAAAGGAGAGCUGAUAUCUGAGUUCUCUUCCAAUAUUGGCCGUGUCACAUCCCUUGCCUUUUCCAAGGACGGCCAAUACCUUGUUUGUGGCAGUGAAACUUUGGGUGUAGAAUUUUGGCACUUGGGCAAAGAAGAAUCCGUUCGACUGCGGCUACAGAGUCUACCUCGUGGUUUUGGGCGAGGUGAAAAAGUUUUGGUGUCGCCCGAUAUGAAAUAUGUUGUCUUUGGCCAUAAUAAUGCCCUAGAAAUCUGGUCUUUUCCCCUCCAAUCCCCUAUACAGAAGAUUUUGAAGCCUUUUCCAAGCGGUGGCCCUUUUCAAACAGCCCAAUUUUCGCCAGAUGGAAGACUUCUGGCUGUGGCAUUUAUUGGCGGGGCAUAUAUCUAUGAUACAACGUCUUGGGGAAGAGUAACGCAACUUGAUGGCGUCAGGGGCACUGUCGAAGCCGCGCUUUUUUGGCCAGAUUCUACCAUGGUAGCGUUUUCGCAAUACAGGAGGGAAGGAGCUCACAUUCGCAUCUGUUGUACAGCUUCGGGUCACUGUGUGCAGACCAUCAGCACUGGACAGAUAUCAAAUCGUCUGUCACUCGACGCCACAGCGCAGUUUCUCUUGACUGACAUAGGAUCGAUUCCAGGAAGUUGCCUGAAUUUUGCAACGGACAAAACAGUCAACGUCAACUCAGAAGACGUUGUUUCUGGAUAUUCAAUUAGUCGGGAUUCGUGUUGGAUUCUCUGGAAUGGCGAGCGUCUAGUCUGGGUCCCAAUGGAAUUUCGAAACUCCCCAAGAGCAGUAUUUGACGAUAUUGUCGUCCUUGGGUCCUGCUUCUCUGACAGGCUGGGCUUUAUUCAGUUUGACGCUAACAAGAUGCCAAUGCGAGCCAAACCCUGA